AUGCUUCGUCAGUUGGCUGUUAUAGCUGUCGUUGCUGCUGUUGUUUUAUGUAAAAAGACACCCAAUGAUAAGCUCAAGCAAUGCUGUAGCACCUUGAAGGAUGCAGAUAAAGAUUGUGUUGAUAGAUUCUGUGACUUCAAUGCCAUCUCUCAAACUAACAUCUUGAACUAUCUUAGUACUUGCUCUGAGAAGCCAAAUACUGUCGGACCAAUGUGGGAUUGCGCUUCUCUCCGUCAUGAUCACACACAAUGCUGUACUGACAAGAAGGUCAACCCCGAAUGUAUGCCAUACUGUGCUGCUCAAGAAGGAGUUCCAACCAACUACUUGGACUACCUCACCUGCGUCGAAGACUUCAACAGCAUCCGUGACUGCUUCCAUGAGCAUUUGGAGAAGAACGAGCCAUUCAGCAAGAGCGGUUAA